AUGGCAUUGGCAACCCCUCGCCCGAUAUGGACCCCCAACUCUCCUGAAAAGACCGCGAUCACUGCGUUCCGGCACUAUGUCAACCGCAGAUACAACCUCAAUCUUGUCAGCUACCGGGACAUACACAGUUGGUCUGUUAACGAUAUCCAGGCAUUUUCCGAAGCGGUUUUUGAUUUCGUUGGCAUAAAAACCUCAGAGCCUUAUGUGAGGGUAAUAGACGGGCUCGACACCAUGUGGCCUCCCCCACGUUGGUUCCCUGGUGCGAAGUUGAAUUAUGCGGAAAAUAUGCUGCAGCCAGGACUUUCAUCGAAGCCAAAUGGCAUUGCCAUAACAACAGUCGACGAAACUGGACCCACGAGCAGCACUGACUACACCUUCAAGCAGCUCGAGCUUCUCACAGCUGCAUGGGUCGCGGCGCUCAGAAAGCUGGGAGUUGGCGUAGGCGAUGUUGUCGCAGCUGUCCUCCCUAACAGGAUCGAUUGUCUCGUCUUGUUACUUGCCACAGCCUCCGUUGGAGCCAUCUUCUCUUCAACGUCACCUGACAUGGGCAGCAAAGGCAUCCUUGAACGUUACCGGCAGGUGCGACCAAAGGUUUUUGUAUGCGACACACUUGUACACUACAGCGGCAAAAAGAUCGACCUGCGAGGACGAUUUUCCGAGGUCGAGAAGACGCUUUACCGAGAGAUCCGCGAACUGCAGCAUGUAGUAAUUAUCAACGGGCCCUUGAUUCAGGGUAGCAGCGCCAUUCUAGCUUCCAAACUUCUUAAUCUGUCUGACCCCCCGCCGAUACAAUAUGAGCAGUUGCCGUUCGACCACCCAGUAUACAUACUGUAUUCAUCAGGCACGACAGGACUCCCGAAAUGCAUCAUCCACGGGGCAGGACGUGCAUUGAUCAUGCAAAAGAAGGAGCAUAUGCUGGGUAACGAUAUCGGACCGACCUCAACAAUGUAUCAGUAUACUACUACAGGGUGGAUGAUGUGGAACUAUUCGAUCGCUUGCCUCAGCACAGCCGCUCGCGUUGUGCUGUAUGACGGGAGCCCAUUAUAUCCCACUCCGGCCCACCAAGUCGGGUUGAUCCGAGGAGAGAGAGUCACCCAUUGGGGCACAAGCCCUAAAUUUCUUACAGCCUUGAAACAACACGGGCUUCCACCUGAUAUGAGGAUCGACUCCCUUCAGCAUGUGUAUUCAACGGGCUCACCCUUGAGCACUGAACUUCAUGAGUGGUUCGCGGCCAAUUUCCCAAGAAACGUGGGCCUAUUUAGUGGCUCUGGGGGGACGGAUCUUGUUGGUGGAAUCGUCUCUGGAAGUGUCAUAUCGAACAUCUAUACCGGUGAGAUUUCAGGUCCUAAUCUGGGGAUGAAAGUCGAAAUCUGGGAUAGUAAUGGCGUCAAUAUUGAAGAAACUGGAAUGGAUGGCGAUCUGGUCAUCACGAAACCUUUCUUCACCAUGCCUCUUGGAUUCUGGGGCAAGGAUGGCGAGGACAAAUACCGCAAGGCAUACUUCGAGCAGUACCCUGGGGUAUGGUAUCACGGUGAUCUCAUUAGGAAAAACCCCCAAACCGGUGGCUACCAGAUCCUCGGUCGGAGUGAUGGUGUGCUAAACCCUGGAGGAGUGCGCUUUGGAAGCGCUGAAAUUUAUGGCGUGCUCGAGAAGAUACCCGAACUACAGGAUUUCAUAUGUGUCGGGCAGAAAUUACCACCCAACUUCUCCGAUGAACGCGUUUUGCUUUUCCUUAAGCUAUACCCAGGAAAGCACCUGGAUGAGGCAUUGCGGCUUCAUAUCAAAAAGGCAAUCGCGAGUUCUUUGAGUGCCCGGCAUGUACCUGAGCAAAUACACCAGGUCCAAGACAUCCCGUAUACGGUGAACGGAAAGAGAAUUGAGAACUUGGUGCGCGACAUCGUUGCUGGAAAAUCGGUGGGUCCCGCGGCGACCGCCAUCAAUCCUGAAUGUCUUGUGGAGUACAAGCGCUAUAUCCUUCCGAGCCGGAAGGGAUCGGACAGCAAGCUAUAG